AUGCAUCACACGUUGGCGGAGUCUCCAGUGCUGGCCUCAGGACUCAGCUGUGGAGGGCUCCCCAGGGUCUCCGUCCUCACGGGCCGCACAGGAAAAGGGACGAAGAACACCAGGGCGCCGUGGACACAGACCCUGCGUGGAGCCUGCAGGAGCGGGGGGGCGGUGAAGCGGCGGCGGGACGUCCGGCGAGAGGAGAGAGAGCCGGCGGGGCCGCUCGGCUCGCACGGCGUCGCGCAACCCGCAGGCCCCGGCUACCGAUGCCCAGAGCCGCAGUGCGCGCUCGCCUUCGCCAAGAAGCACCAGCUCCAGGUGCACCUGCUCACGCACGGCAGUGGCCAGGGCCGGCGGCCCUUCAAGUGCCCGCUGGACGGCUGCGGCUGGGCCUUCACCACGUCCUACAAGCUCAAGCGGCACCUGCAGUCGCACGACAAGCUGCGGCCGUUCGGUUGCCCGGUGGGCGGCUGCGGCAAGAAGUUCACCACCGUGUACAACCUCAAGGCGCACAUGAGGGCGCACGAGCAGGAGAGCCUGUUCAAGUGCGAGGUGUGUGCCGAGCGCUUCCCCACGCACGCCAAGCUCAGCUCGCACCAGCGCAGCCACUUCGAGCCCGAGAGGCCCUACAAGUGCGACUUUCCCGGCUGUGAGAAGACAUUUAUCACCGUGAGUGCUCUGUUUUCCCACAACCGGGCCCACUUCCGGGAACAAGAACUCUUUUCCUGCUCCUUUCCUGGAUGCAGCAAACAGUACGACAAAGCCUGUCGCCUGAAAAUCCACCUGAGAAGCCAUACAGGUGAAAGACCUUUUAUCUGUGACUCUGACAGUUGUGGCUGGACCUUCACCAGUAUGUCUAAGCUCUUGAGGCAUAAGAGGAAGCAUGACGACGACCGCCGGUUCCCCUGCCCUGUCGAGGGCUGUGGCAAGUCGUUCACCCGGGCCGAGCACCUGAAGGGCCACAGCGUCACCCACCUGGGCACCAAGCCCUUCGCCUGUCCCGUGGAAGGGUGCUGUGCCAGGUUCUCGGCGCGGAGCAGCCUCUACAUCCACUCCAAGAAGCACCUGCAAGACGUGGCUGCCCCGAAGAGCAGGUGUCCAGUGUCCAGCUGCGACCGGCUCUUCGCCUCCAAGCACAGCAUGAAGGCCCACGUGCUCAGGCAGCACCGCCGGCACCCAGAUCUUUUCCCUCCGCUGGAGGCUUCGAGCACGCUGACACCCAGCAGUGACCCCGGCAGCCCCGGGCAGGGCGAGUUCAGCCACGUGGACCUGGCGGUCCUCUUCUCCGACCCGCCGGCCGACGGCAGUGCUGCCCCCGGGGCCCCUGACGAGGCGCUGGGUGCUGGGAUCCUGACCAUCGAUGUGACUUCUGUGGGCGCCUCUCUUGGAGGGGACCUCCCUGCUGGUCAGGCUUCCUUUGGGCCGAUGGACCCGCUAGUCUUGGUGGCCCACGGUGACAUCCCACCUGGCCCGGACAGCCCCCUCGUCCUCGGGACAGCAGCUGUGGGUUUCCAGCAGGGCGGCCUCGCCACGGACGACAUGCCAGCCAUGGGCGCAGGGGCCCUGGGCUGUCUGGUGGCCGUGCCCGUGAAGAACUUGGGUCAGGACCCCCAGGCUCUGACCCCAAGCGACCCGCGGGGAGCCAACAGUGUUCCGGAGCCGCUGGUGCCCAUCAAGGUGGAGCCAGGCUCGCCCCCCCACGCCCAGCCUGGCUGGCAGCAGGAGCCGGGCGAAGGGGCAUCGCGGCCUGUGGAGUCCAGCCCCUUGGAGCAGAGCGGUCCUUGGAGAGAUGCUAGGCUUGCGGCGGGGACCGGUGGCUUCUACCUGGAAGGUGGAGGCUCAGCGAGAACUGAUUCCCAGUCCGUUCAGCGAGCCCAGGAGAAGAAGCAGAGAGGCCCCAGGAGCCGCGCUGGAGCCACCAGGGACUCUGCACCAAGCCCGGGGGAAGGCGAUGUCUGUGCCAGCCCGGGAGCCUGGCUGUGGGGCAGCCUCACUGUGCCCGGCGCCCUGCCCUGCGUCCAGGUGCAGCUGCUGCAGGACGAACCGUCAGGGGAUGGGGUCUUGCCCCAGGCGCUCAGCCCACAGCCUCCCGCCUUUCAGCCCCUGCUUGCCGUCGACCUGCCCGUCUACGUCCUCCAGGAAGUGCUGCCUGCGGGCGGAGGUGCCGCGGGGCCCAAGGAGGCGCCAUGCUCGGAAGGCGCGGCUGCGCUGCAGGGGCGGUUGGGCUGGGCCUCCCGCCUGGGCUGCGAGAGCGGGUGCUGGUCUCCCUGCUUGGACACGGGGGCCCCUGAGGACGGCAGGGCCCCCAGCCGACAGGCCGAGGACGCAGGGGGCCUGCAGGCUCUGCUGCGGCCCACACGCCGGCGGAGCGUCCAGCUUCCUUAG